GAAGCCGCUUGGCGCGGCAGCAGCGUGUCGCUCACGGCCACGAGGCACCUCCUGCAGCAGGCAGUCGGCCUCGAGACCUUGCACAGCCGCCUUGUGCAGAGCCUGCUGAAAGCCUUCACAAACCUUGGGGUUGGGACCAACGCCCGUUGCUCCCUGGGCCAUAGCAUGGAUCGUGUACCGCUACCCAGCCUGGCCGUGGCUGACGACAGCCCCAUCUGCCACCGUUGCGAGCGAACUGCCGAGGAGUUGCUAAGGGCUGCAGGCCAGGAAGCGCCUUUCGAGCCCUGGUGGAAGUGUCGCAGCUGCGCUGCCAAAGGCCGCGGAAACGUCUUCCUUUGCACGGAGUGCGCGCGCUUCGCGCAGGCCACUGCUUCCGAGGCACUCCUGUCCAAGCCUGUGACCAAGAGCUGGAAGACCUGCAUGCAUGUUCUAAGGGAGCUUCUAAGGCCAGAGGAUGUGCGAUCGUCCCCGGUGGGCUCACCCUGCGACACUGGGGAGUUCACCGAAGAUGAAACUCUGCAGAGUGCGCUGGCAAAGGAGAGUCAAGGCUUGGAGGCUUCCAUGGGGACCUCCGAACUGCCGGUCAGGGAGAGGCCCAACAGCGCACGAGGCAGCUCGAAGUCCAACGACCUGCUCGGUCGCGAAGGCAGCGCGCCAGACAUUGAGAAGAGUUCGCCACACGUUGUGAGUGAAGGGAGCGCGUGGGUGGAGGAGGUCCUGCAGGCUGCUCACAAAACCGCCGCCGUGUCGAGUGCCUCUGACGAUGUGAUGCAACAAGACUAUCCGCAUCCGGAUGUUGCAGACGCAGGCGAAAGAAGCGACGCUCCGUCAGCUUCUGCCGAGGCUGAGGCUGAGAUGGCUGAGGGAUUUCAGAUUCCAGCAACCUUCCUGACCUGUCCGGAUGAUGCCAGCGUGGUGAGCAACGUCUCCCUCGAGGAUGUGGCUGAACCCAUGCCGGAGCCGACGCCGCAGCCACGGUUGGAUCUGUUCGUGAAGCUCGGUGAGCUUUGGACGCCAACACCCAUCGUGCGCCCCAAGACAGAGCCGGAACAGCCCUGGGUCCUCGACGUGCCGAAGAAGCCGGUGCCGGAACGCAGGACAAUCACGAAGAAGCUACGACUUCCGGUAGGUCCCGGCCUGGAGAAUGUCCUUCUGAUGGGGCCAAGGGCUCCGCUCGGGCUGCCGUCCACGGCUGGAGCCAGCCACAGCCGCGUCAAAGAAGUCAGGGCCGGGAGAAGGCGGGAUCAGCAGGGCUACGACGCCAACUGCUGUGCCAAGGAGAUGCUGCGCCGAGCCCAGAAGCCUCCCGGAAAAGCGCCCCGCACAUACGCCGUCGCCCCUCAAGAGCUCUUUGAUGAACAUGUCCAG